UGAACUGGUUCUGUAGAUUAGAGAAAGGAGCGAAAAGAUGCUAAGUGCCAACAGUAACUGCAGAGCUCCAAAAAUGGAGCUAGCUCUACACACAUAUCCAAUUCUUCCCGGAGAUAAACUGGUCCUUACCCAUUCCUCCUACAUAGAUAAAUUCAUCACCGCCUCAUUCAGCACCAAAAUUCCGUUUCCCCAUUUCACUAGAAACCAAUUCCGGCAAACCCGUUUCCACUUCCAAACCCGUAGCACUUCCAGGAACAGGAACGGCACCCGAAGCCUUAUCUUGUCAGAGGAACAAUAUGAUUCUGAAGAGGAUGCAGAGACGACUUCGUAUUCGGAGGACGAGUCUUCGUUCUUGUCUCUGAGUGUGAAGCCUGACAGGAACAUGGCCUUGCUCGACGACUACGAGAUGGAGGAGCUUGACUAUCCCGCGGACCCCAACCAUCGUAGCGGUUAUGUGGCUGUACUUGGCAAGCCAAAUGUCGGAAAGAGCACACUUUCAAACCAGAUGAUAGGCCAAAAACUGUCAAUAGUUACAGAUAAACCUCAAACUACGAGGCACCGAAUUCUUGGUAUAUGUUCGGGCCCAGCGUAUCAGAUGGUGCUUUAUGACACACCUGGUGUUAUUGAGAAGAAAAUGCACAAGUUGGACUCUAUGAUGAUGAGGAAUGUUCGAAGCGCUGCCGUCAAUGCAGACUGUGUACUUGUCCUUGUUGAUGCAUGUAAAGUGCCCCAAAAAAUUGAUGAAGUGUUGGAAGAAGGUGUAGGAAUCCUCAAAGAUAAGCCACCCACUUUGCUGGUUUUGAAUAAGAAAGACAUGAUCAAACCGGGUGAAAUUGCAAAGAAACUGGAGUGGUAUGAGAAAUUUACAGAUGUAGAUGAGGUUAUACCUGUGAGUGCAAAAUAUGGUCAUGGAGUGGAAGAUAUCAAGGACUGGAUACUAUCAAAACUUCCUGUUGGACCACCUUAUUAUCCAAAGGAUAUUGUUAGUGAGCACCCAGAAAGAUUCUUCAUAUCUGAAAUUGUUAGAGAAAAGAUCUUUAUGCAAUACCGUAAGGAAGUUCCUUAUGCAUGUCAGGUGAAUGUAGUGAGCUAUAAAGCCAGGCCAGCUGCAAAAGAUUUUAUACAAGUAGAAAUUGUUGUUGAACAGAAUUCGCAGAAGAUCAUCCUCAUUGGGAAAGAAGGGAAGGCACUGAAACUACUUGCAACAGCUGCCCGGCUUGACAUUGAAGAUUUCUUACAGAAGAAGGUCUAUCUUGAGGUUGAAGUGAAAGUGAAAGAGAAUUGGCGGCAAGAUGAAGGGCUGUUGAAGAACUAUGGCUAUGGAGGGCAAAUUCGAGCGCUAUGACUAGGAAGACCUUGUCUCGUAUCCACAAUAGAAUUAAUCUGCGUACAGGAAGACUUGAAAGCCCAGUUUUGGGAGCUGAUUUGCAAACUGUUGCCUAGCCUGGGCUUUCCUAGGCUUCACGGGCUGGUCAUAUAGAAUGAAGACUGCACCAUUGGAGGCCUUUAUGUUUGUUUUUGUUUUUUUGUUUUUAAUUACAUUAUCCGUGAUUUGUUUUCUGGCCGGAGUCAUCUGCAUGUGAUCUGAGCGUGUCAUUUUCAGUGAACGGGCCAGACAUCCCAUGUCACAUGUCGGAAGAGAGGUGGAUCCUCAGCUCGCUAAUUAAUGUCAAGUUUACAGAGCAAAGUUGAAGAGAGAGAGAGAGAGAACAGUAUUCUUGCUUGAGGCCAUUGAAUUCAGGUGUACUUAUCUCUUAACGUUUGAAGAGAGUGAAGAGCAUUCAUCUUCUAGUAAUAUCCAAUAGUUUU